AUGUCGAUUCCCUUCCUUCAUAACGCUAUAAUCGAGGUCAACCCUUUUAGCAUUGAUAGCAACAAGCUAAUCAACGAGAUACCUGGUCGCUACAAGGAUUUCAAGGGUCGCAAAGGUUUUAUCGACGAGUUCGGCAUCAAGCACUACGGUGCUAACAAGGAGAGCGCUCAGGUCCUCUGUCUCCUCGACCACUUUGUCUCUUUCCUCAACGCAAUUGGAAAGCAAUUCACUCAUAAGGAUGUCAAGGUUCGAUUGAUCUUAGGUGAUCCUACUCUUGAGCUUUUCGAUAGCGAUCAUGCCGAAGCUAAAAGCAUCUUGAAGGAGCUAUUGAUGCCAUACCCCUUCACUAUCGAUAGCACCUUGGUAUACAAACGCCUCACCCUCAAGUUCUCGGAUGAAAAUGAGUUUAAGUGGAGCAACAAGUGCCAAAAGCUAGGAGAGCUACUUGAGUCAGACGAGAUUUAUCUGAACCAUGCUUACAAGCAAGAGCUUGGGCCAAAGGCGGAGACCGAGUUGAACGUAUUCUACGUAACUGCAGAAGGACGGGUCUUUAUCAACUCUUUGUAA